AUGUCAUUACGUUAUAAGUGCAUCGUCCUUGAUCAUGAUGACACUACUGUUAAUAGCACACCUAAAGUCCAUUAUUUAUCGUAUCAACAAUUUAUGAAAAAGUAUCGACCAACAGACCGAAUAAUCAAAUUAGAAAAUAUUUCUUUUGAGUGGCGAGAAUGUUAUAAGAAAUAUACACCAAUAAUGUUCAAUGGCUUUUGGGAAUUUCUUAAAGAAUUUAAAAGAAGAGGAGGUAUUAUUUGCAUAUGUUCUCAUGGAUUAAAACAAGUGAUUGAAGACUUUUAUCAAAAUUAUAAUGAAGGAAAAAUCAUACCUGAUUCAAUCUAUGGAUAUGAUUCAAAACACCCUGAAUAUUGUAAACCAUUUACCUUCCCAAUAGAAGAUAUUCUACAUAAAUUUCAUCUUCAAAAGAAAGACGUUGUGGUUAUUGAUGAUUUAUCUCAUGGUUUAAUUAUGGCAAAAAAAUCUGGAGUUGAUAGUAUUGGGACUGUUUAUGGUGAAGGUCAUGAUUUAAUUAAACCAAAAAUUACUGCUAUUAGUAAAAAGGUUGUUAGUUCAGUGGAAGAGCUAAAGAAUUAUAUUUUAUUAGAUGAAGACCAUUAA